AAGCCUUCUCGUUUAUUUACAAAAACUAGUUAAUUCAUGGCUACCUGCAUACACAUAAAAAGCAUAACAUGAAUAAAUCAUAUCGCUGUAGGUUUUACGUAUAUAUUUGUAUACUGACUGUAUCGGCAAACUAGCUGAGGUAUGGCAGUGCAGAAAUCUUUCGCCGUGGCGGCAAUAUUGUUUGUCUGUCUUCAGCCUGCGACAACCAAACUUCCAGUCUUUGGGAGGGUUGAUGAAGGCUGGGUAAAGGAAGCGCUUGAUGUAGUGUUGGCGGAGGCGUCAGCGUCUCACUGUUCCUUAAUUUUCAUCAUGGACAAGACAUCGUCCUAUUUUUAUGAGGCUUUGAUGAUCCGUGUGCCCGCAACGAAGACUGGUGGGGAUGUUGUCCUCGAUGUGGGAGACGAUGGAAGCGUUGGUGUCAAUCUCACCAUGACUCAAGUAGUGGCUCAGGCUCGUAAGAUGCGGCUGAUGUCCUGGUGUACAUCGGUGGUUGUGUUCAGCGACAACCCGACCUUCCUGUCCGUUUUCGCGGAGAUGGCUGAUAAUGGUCGGCUGAUGGUGUGGGAAACAAAACUCUUAGUUAUCACCAGGCUUCCUUUGUCGAACCUUCAGAACCUGUUGCAGAAUUACUGGACCUUCUCCAUGAUGAACACAAUGUUCCUUAAACUCAACACAUCAUCGGGAAAAAAACACUGCCAGAUAUAUGGGCACAUGCCAUAUGGACCCACUGGAUCCCAUGUAGCGCAACUGGGAAGUUUGAAGUCUGGCCACGUUUUAGCGUAUCUCAGUAACAGAACGCUGUUCCCUGAGAAGUACAAUAAUUUUCACGGUAUGAAGAUUAACCUCACAUGGAUUCCCUUAACACCGUAUUGGAUGAUGAUGAAACAGCCAGGACCAAACGGCACAGAAGUAACUACGUUCAGUGGAAGGGAAUAUUGGAUCAUGGAAAACAUAGCACCCAUCCUCAACUUUUCUCUGAACCCUCUCCCAUACACAGGAUGGGAUCCCGUAAGCCAAGAUAUUCUGAUAUAUAAUUGUAAUGAAACGCUUGAGGACUCGUGA